AUAGGAAAAUAGAAGUUUCAAAACAACCCACUAGAAUCCUGAUUCAGUUAGAAUUCCUAGUAGGAUGGAUUUUCAAAUCAGUAGUAAAUCUUCUUCUUCAUCAAAAUCCAUAGUCUACAUUUUUCAAACGAAUAUUCGUAGAACUGUUAGUAAAUCCACGGCAAUUUCUGCCACCUACCCACCAAUUCCCCAUUAUAUAUAGCUUUCCAGUUCACACUGAAAUGCUGUAAAUCCAUACGCUACUCUACAUUCACCAUGGCUUCAAUCGGUGUUGUCCCUUUUAUUUUCCUGCUACUCCUUGUUGAGUGUUGUUCCGCAAGGCCUUUCUAUUCACUCCCUAGCAAAAUUGAAAAUAAAAACAAACAGCCUCUGCAGACUUCUCGCCCAUAUAACCUUGCACAUCGAGGUUCAAAUGGAGAGCUUCCUGAAGAAUCUGCUCCUGCAUACAUGAAAGCUAUUGAAGAGGGCGCGGACUUCAUAGAAUCAGAUAUCCUAGCCUCCAAAGAUGGCUUUCUUAUAUGCAUGCAUGAUGUAACGCUUGAUGCUACUACUGAUAUAGCAGAACACAAGGAGUGGAAGAGGACCUACAACGUCCAAGGGGUCAACACAACUGGUUUUUUCACUGUUGAUUUUACACUAAAAGAACUAAAGUCGUUGAGGUUGAAGCAGAGGUUCCCUUUCCGGGAUCAGCAAUAUAAUGGAAAAUUUCAGAUCAUCACAUUUGAGGAGUACAUUUCAAUUGCUUUGGAUGCACCAAGAGUUGUUGGAAUUUAUCCCGAGAUUAAAAAUCCAGUAUUAAUGAACCAGCAUGUGAAAUGGCCAGGUGGUAAGAGAUACGAGGACAUAUUCGUGGAGACACUUCAGAAGUAUGGAUACAAAGGUUCAUAUAUGUCGAAAGAUUGGUUGAGACAACCUGCAUUUGUCCAGUCAUUUGCUCCAACGUCGCUUAUUUACAUCUCAAACCAGACAGACUUGCCCAAACUCUUUUUAAUUGAUGACGUGACAAUACCAACUCAGGACACAAAUCAGUCAUUUUCGGAAAUCACUUCAGAUGCUUACUUCAACUUCAUUAAAGAUUACGUAGUGGGAAUUGGACCCUGGAAGGAUAAUUUGGUACCUGUGGUGAAUAAUUAUUUGCAAAAACCUACUGAUAUUGUCGCCAAAGCGCAUGCCUGCAACUUACAGGUUCACCCAUACACUUUCCGCAGUGAGAACAUGUUCCUACACUUAAACUUCAAGCAAGACCCCUUUGUUGAAUACGAUUACUGGAUAAACAAGAUAGGCGUGGACGGACUCUUCACAGACUUCACAGGCAGCCUCCACGAGUAUCAGGAAUGGAACACCCCUCUCUCUGUCAAUCAUGAAGAUAAGUCGUCCACACUGUUGCAUAAGAUUGCAUCGUUGAUCUCAAAGUAUCAAAAGAAUUGAGAUAGUUGAUUUUGUUUUUGUCAUUUUUUAGACAUUAGUUUUCAGAUGUUUCUUCCACGUAGAUUAGUGUUAAUAAUUUUUUGUUACUUCUUUAAUAGAAAAAGAUUUUUCUGAAACAAAUUUUUUGGAGCCCAUAGGAAGUUUAAUUUUUUCCAUAUGAUUCUGAGUCUUUUUGCCAAAGAUUUCUCGUUCAAA